CUCAUGCAGGAGAGUGACGGUGCACGUUGGGAGCGGACUUUGCUUAGAUGCGUACGGUCUGCUUAAGCGUAUACGAUUAUAUUUUGUUUGCUCAUCUUCAUCGUAAAAAGACGUGAAUUUCGAAGAGAGUUGAGGUAGGUGUUUCCUCUCUUCUUUACUUGGUACAAUUUUACGUUUUUAAAAUAGAAUAGCGUGUAAAACAAUUAGAAACGUUCACCAUUGAUUGUUUUAUGCUUGCAAGCAGUUGAGCUACACAUACCAUAAAUAGCUAUUAACUUCAUUCUCAGCGACCGAUUUUCAUUUACAAAAAGGUCAUGUCGUUUUCAGGGAUAACCGAACUUGACCGAUCACAGUCGAACACAGUCAACUGUUCUACAUGAAAGCUGAGAUUGUAGGAGAUAAUACAUUUUCAAUGCAUGCAGGACUUUACUGCUCAUCGUGCUUUGUGAGGAAUAUUUUUGUUAAUUCUCUUGAGAGACCAAAAAUGAACCAUGGAUUUCUUCCUUUAAAACCGUCAUGAUAAACGUUUGGAGUUGGAAUGAGCUGAUCCUUGCGAGUUUAGAACCAAAAUACAAAGGUGAAAUAAAUAUGGCAACGAUCACGCGAAAGGUCAACACUGGCCAUUUCAUUGGAAUCAUUCAUCAGCAGGACCUUAGCCUGCUUAGCAUCUCCACUUAAACUAGCCUGUGCUUGCCCGUUAAGGCUACACUAACACAUGCAAUCCCGGAAUGGAACCCCCAAAAUCCCCAAGGGGGGGUGAGGGGUACUACUGGGAAUUCUUGGUGGGGGUGUGCCGCUCGGUUCUCCAAAUCCUGAACCCUUUUCCGACCAAGAAAUUUCAUUAUUCACACCCAAAAAAGUACUUUUACAAGCAAUUUUUAUUCACUAGUUUACAGGUAAAAAAAACAGUUGAACAUUACCUUUCUAGCAUGCAUUGAGGACACGUUUCAAGAGCAGUAGUAGUUGUCCUUUGACCACGCAUGAUUGUCCCCCAAAAUACUCAACAUGUAACCAACCCGUGAUGUGACGACAGUUUCUGGCAUUUGGCAAUAAGUUUAACUCUUUCAACAAGCUUAAUGCUGAUGUAAUACUGGUGUAAUUGUGUUUCCGUUGAAGUCCGUAUUUUACGUUGAAAAAACUUAUUAAACAUACACAUUCUUUUGAUGCAAUCAGUUAGGGAAUCAAGCAAAUGCAAGUGCAGUUCUCUCUUCUCUUUGUAUUCCACUGAGCCUUGGUUCUCUUGAGUAGGUCAUAUUGGAUAAAUAAAAUCAUUAUUUAUUGAAGACUGUUGAAGACAACCCAGAAAAGACACCUGGAAAGAAUGAUGACACCAUUCAGUGAUAUAAACAACGUCACUGUAGGUUUAAAUGUCAAGUCUGUCUUGACAUAACUUACCUCUUCCUGAAAAACCUAAUUGUCGGUGAUGUCUCAGCUAUAGUUUUUCUUCUCGCUUUGCUGUCCCUUGGGUGUUUGUAUUCAUCGCUGGAAGUGGUAUUAAGAGUCUUUUGACCAAAAUCAACUGCACACAGCAGUAUUCUCUGCCCAGAUAACUUACGUUUUUAUUAAUAUAUUGUUAUUGCUUAUAUAAUUUUUUUCAAAACAGUCAGCUGGAACCUUCUUUUACAUAUUCCGUAUUCCGUUUCCUUUUCCAUUUCUGUUUCCAUUUCCAUGAUUCCAUUUCCAAUUUCCGGAUUCUGUGUUUUAGUGCUGACCUAUGCACAUACACUUGUGCAUACAGCUGAAAUCUGGAAGAAAUGAUUUUUUAUUAAAUUCCUGAUUGCAUUUUUAUAGUAUUAAAUUGGAAUGACUGAUAAAUUUUUCUCAUUAUAUUAUAUUUGUUUAUCAUUAUUUUUAUUAUUCCAUAACACUAGAGAUGGGUAAAAUAAACAAUUAACUGCUGCAUUUCCUUUCUAUUUAUUUACCGAAACUGUCCUGCGGAAGACGCAGGAAAUGGCAUUUCCAAGACCCUAAAUUUAAAAACUCUGUGGGGGAGCAGCCCCCAGAUCCCCCCUACUAUAAAAAUCAUUUGCCUAACACACAAUUCUGUGUAUUAAAAAAUAAAAAUGUCAUCAAAGAGUCAUUAAUGUGUGGGUUACAAAAAAUGUACCCACCCCAUGGGGUGUACCACUGGAAAUUAUGGGAAUGAUGGAAGUGUAUAAAAGAAAAAAAAAUUAUUCCUUGAUUCAAACAUUGUAUAAAAUAUUUAUGCAAUCCAACAUAAGUUAAUUUUCAUAACCCUAAAAAUAAUGUUAAAAAUCUACUGAAAAAAGCUUUUGUAAUGUUUCCAGGUAACUUAAAUCCUGUGGCAUUCAGGUUAAACAGCUUACUAUCUUUAGUACAUGUAAUAAUCUUCCAUGAUUGUUAUGUAAUAGAUCACCAAGUUGCACCAUGACGUCAGAACUCCCCUCAUUGACUGGAAAAGUGUGUCUUGUGACAGGAGCAUCUCGGGGGAUUGGUAAAGGUAUUGCCUUGAUGUUGGCCAAGGCAGGAGCCACUGUGUAUAUUACAGGUCAGUUUGACUUUUUAGGAAAUUGUCUUAUGGUUUGAUAAAUCCUCUGUUAAGGGCUCCUCUCUAAAAGAUGCUGAAAGGUGUGUACUCCUGGAACAUUUUGGCCAUUUGCAGCAUUGUUCCCUGAAUCCCUUACCCUAUCAUUAUAUUAUAUUUAUUAAAACAUAAUGCGAUUUCUCCUACCCUGUUUCAGACUUGACCUGCCUUUCUAAAGAGACAUUAUUGUGAUAAGUCGAGCUUGCUUAGCAGCAAGACUCUAAAAAUGCAAGCAUUUCUUUUUUUGUUUCUCAUGUGUGCUCACCAAAUGGGGAUCAUGGUCCCAGGUGUACCUAGCGGAGACCGUGGAAACUGGGCAUUAGAAUCGAGAUGUGUCGGACAACAUAUUACUCAUAGUACUGUGCAUCUUAAGUUUGUGAAGAAAGCUUAAUUCGGAGAGAUUAAUGGGAAAGAUGUCAAGUUUUUCUAGAAUGGGUGGGUCCAUGGAUUAUAUUGCUCAAAAGCACUGAUUGCAUUGGAACAAGUGAAUACUUUAGAGGUUGGAAAAAAAAAAGAAAGGUCUGGGAGUACCCCCCUGUUCAAGAAAACAAGUAGCACCAAAAGAAAGAUUUGGUUCCUCUGACUCUUAACAGUUAAGAUUAGUAUGUUAAGUAUCCGGUCAGUGUGAAACGCAGACUGCGGACUGCGGACCAGGGGUAAAAUGCAGACUGAGUGUUAAAUGCAGACAGCAGACUAAGAGUAAAAUGCAGACUGGGGUAAAAUGCAGACCGAGCAUAAACUGUAGUCGUUGAAGGGUUUAAGGGCAAAAAAAUCCCGCAAAUACAUGAAAGCGAACACUUACUUGACGACAUCUGCUUGCACAAAUCCAUUCCUUUCUUCUCUGGAAUGUCGUCGAUGACCCGAAAACAUAAUCGCAAUCUUGAACCUUAUUUCUGUCCGAGAGACUUCACGCUUCAACUUUAGAUGCAAAGUUUUCCAUAUACGUGACCAGGGACCGUGAACUGGUACAACACCACGAUGUUUAAGCUUAAAUGAAAGCUGCUGACCCAAAAUACUGUACAGGAAGGAUUAUGGCGACAAAAAAGGAGUAAAUCAUUCCAACAACAAAGAAAGAUAUUCUGCGGGAAAUUUGGAUGACCUUCUAUGAAAGUAUUGCAAAUCAAGGUACGCAGACUUAAGCUGUUUGGAUUUUCAUUGAAACUUCUGGCGAAUGUGCCAUGUACUUCGACUAGGAAGUGAAGUGUGUAACUGAUACCGGCUAGCUAUUUCACCGAUUUGGAGAAGAAGGAGCACAAAUGUUUCAAAAUGUCUACAGUUUUUAUCCUGCAUUUUGCAUCCAGCCUGCGUUUUACUCUCAGUCUGCAGUCUGCAUUUUACCCCUGGUCCGCAGUCUGCAGUCUGCAGUCUGCAGUCCGCAGUCUGCAUUUUACACUGACCGGUUAAGUAUCCAACAGUCUAUAGAUGUCAGGUUUAAUGUUACAGACUCCCCCCACCCCUUUCCACCAAGAAAGCUGGUCGAGUGCCAUAUUGUUAACAAAUCUAGAUACUAAAAUAAUAAAAGGUAAUGUUUGUGAAGUUAUAUCAGCCAUAUAAUGACUAGAUUUUGUCUUAGCGAAAAGUUAUUUUUCAUUAGUGACUUCCAUUUGUAGUCAUAUUUCUUUAUUUUUUUUAGCUCUGCCCACAUUUUGCAACUGUAGGGUGGAUCUAAGGUUAUUUUAAGAGGGCGGGGGGUGGGGGGUGGGAGGUGGGAGGUGGGGGGUUGGUUAAAGUUUCACUAAGCUGAAACUGUAAAUUGACUUAUAAAUUUAAGUUUUAUAGACAUGACAAAAACCAACAUACUUAUUGUCCAAAUUACUCUGACAAAUUAUGCAUGGCUUUGUUAAAUUCCUCAUUGUCUUGCUUCGUUCUUUAUUGCUAUGCUUUUGUGCAGUAUAUGUGAAGGCAAUACAAUACAAUGCCAUGCAUAAAUUUGUCAGAAUAUUGGACAACCCUCAAAACCUAGGGAAAAUUAACCACACAAAAUUUGGCUAUUUAAUGACUGUCUAGCGAUUAAGAGUCUAUUUCUAAGGGGUAAUAAUGAUUUCCUAGGGGUGUUACCCCCAGACUGGCCCCCUAGAUAUUCCCACUUUCAGCAGACAUUUUUGGGACUCCCUGAAAAAUAAAUCCUAGAUCUGCCCCAGAUAUACAACAGUUUUUCUGCAUGAACAUGUACUUUGUAAAGGUACUAUUUUAUUUGGUAGGAAGGACUCUUGAAGCCACAGAGGGUAAGACUGGGUCACUGUGACAAACAGCUGAGGAGGUAAUCAGAUAACAUUCUGUAGCUUUUGCAAUUGUCUUUGCAUACCUGCUCAAUUGGAAAAUUCUGGCCUUAAUUCUAAUGUUGAAGUUACUCAGCAGCCAGCUGCAAAGAGGGGCUGCUCAGAAGGGAUUUGUUCAGGUCGCCUUGCAUGUAGUUGGACAAACCAGAAAAGUGAGCCUUUCUAUGGGUAUACCUGUGGAUGUCAUUUUUGUCACACGUUUUCUGUCUAAUCGUCAGUUUUUUUUUCAACAAAAUUGUUGCAUAUCAAGAAUGGUUAAAUUGCAUGGUAACCCUAAGGACUAGUGAUCUCAAAAAUAAGAAACCAUGCAUAACAAUGACAAAGGAAAGUGUAACAGGUUUAAUCAGCAUAACAAAAGCUCUGAGUAUACCCUGUUGUAGCACACUUUUUAGCAGAUUUCUUUGCCAUCCUUUCACAACUGUUAAAUGUUGUCAAACUUCGUCAGAAUGCAGAUGUGAUCAUGGCUUUAGUCUCCAAGAACAUCUCAGAAUCCUUGCUUCAUCAAUAGCGUGUUACUUGCGUCUCAGUGUUUGUCAGAAAUACCCAUGGAGAGGUAUUGUUGGGCAUAAAUUAUAUAUGUUUACUAUUGACUUUAACCAUGCAAAGCUUUCAAAAGGACAGUCUUUGGUAGGGUAUGACAGUCUUUGGGCACAAUAAAGAAACAGUGCAAUUUAAAUCAGUAAGCAGCAUUCAAUAUUAAAAUUUGCAGUUAAACCUUCGCUGAAAUAUAGUGACUCACAGGGAAACAACUGUAGAUGGACUAAUUUAUGCAACUGAUUCCUUUUCUUUUGUUAUAUUUUCUUAGAAGUCAUUUUAUGUUCAUCCUGCAAGAAUUCUUAUUAACCAGUGAUUAAUUUUUUUUAGAUAGGACAAGAGAGUGCUGGACAGUGUAUACCGGUGCAGUGUGACCAUGGAAAUGAUGAAGAAGUCCAAAAGUUGUUUUAUCAAGUCAACAAAGAACAAAAUGGACGAUUGGAUGUCCUUGUCAACAAUGCCUACAGUGGAGUGAAGGUAUAGACUUUUAUUUAACAAAUAACUGAUAAAUAAAUAAAUACAUGUACCAUUUGAACUGGUAGCACAUCCACAAUAUUUGAGGGUUUGUAGUCUUUUUAGCUCUUCAAAUUCCAUGACCUUAGCUUUAGCUCUCAUUUUAAAAUAUUUCAAGACUUUCCUUGUUUUGGGGGUAUUUUUUGACCUUACUCAGUUCAACAGAUACAAACUGUCGUGUCCGCCAAAAAUGUGUGCCAUUUAGUUACUCAUGUCAAUCUUACAUUGCCCUUGCUUCAACAUUCUACAGUAACUAAUCUACCAAACAUAACUUUUAUUUUCCACGACUUUCCAGGACCAACAAUUGAAUUCCAUGACUUUUCCAGGCCUGGAAAAAAUGAAGUUCUUAAAUUUUAUGGCAUUCCAGGUUUUCCAUAACUGAACCGUACGAACCCUACAAUGUGUUUCUUUAUCUACCAUUUGGAUUUACCGCUAACAUUGCAAAGUAGAUAUGAUGAUUUUUAAGAAAUACCCACUCAGAGAAAAACCUCUCAAAACAAGGAGGAGAAUAGCCUGCGGGGAAGUUCUCCUGGGGCGAUCUGGCGGUGGGGCAAAAAGGAGAGAGGUUUGAAAGGUUUCAAGCCAAUAAAGGUGUCUCGCCUCUUAGCCUGUAAGCAAGCUCUCCCACAGGAACAUAACAUCAUUGCCUGAUUAAAAAUCAACUAAUCAGCAUUUCGCAUCCGAUUCUGGGACGCAGAUUUUCAAUUUUAUGAGAUGCGAGUGCAAGCUCUCCUUCCCCUUUUCCCUCUCCCACCCCCGUACCCCUGGGAACCCCAGAAGAGCUUGCUCACAGGCUAGGAGGAGAAAGUAACAGCAAACUUAAUUCACAUGUGACCUUUUUGGGUGAAUGAGGUCUCUGCAAUGGAAACAAGACGACAUUUUUUUUUGGGAGAGAUGGGGGGUUGUUCUGGGCCUGUAUGCCUUUUUUUUAUUUUCGCGGCACUGAGACCGGAACCCGCACUUGAAAAGUCUCUGGCAUCAGUAUGCUUAUAGUGAACAUAUGUUACUGACAGUUAUUUUUGUGUUAUGCUUAGGCGAUUUUUGAUAAUGUUGGAAAACCAUUUUAUGAACAGGUAAGGAUUUAUUUUGAUAAGUGACAGUUUUAAAGAAUUCUGCUUUCACCAAAUAUUAAUCUAUAUUUCUCUUGGAGAACAUUUAAUCAACUUGCAAUUAAAAUAUAGAAUACAUUUCAAGCUCAUAGUCUUGCCAGUUAAACAAACCCUAAACGAUAGUUUUGCAACCGCCACUGGCUUCAGUUAAACCUGAAAACAUGUGAAACUUUCUUUCUAGUUAGAAGCGCUGAAAAUUCUGAUGAUCGACCUAGAACUUAACUGACCAUUUCACAUGCAUCUCCGUAAAUGUCAUCCAUUGCCGUAUAACUCGUACACUUAUGCAAAAAGACCUAGGUAUUCUAAGUGUGGUCUAAAUGUUAAAAGAAAUUGCAAAACCGCAAUCGGACCAGUCGCACAAAAUUUUCAUCUUCCUAAUCAUGUAAUGUUGUUUGAAGUGUUUAACGGUGCUUAUAGAUCGUUUUCGCAUGACGUCACGUCCGCCAUAUUGGUGUUUCAAAACAAUAUAACGGCGGUGAUGUUGGUGUCCCAAACCAAUCCUGUGGGAGUUCAACUCUUUUCUUAUGUAAACACUCUUUUGUUCCAAUAAUUUUGCAUAGAUGCUGGUCACGUGAGUGAAAACGCACUAUACUUGGAAUUCAAUUGAAACGCAAGACGUUUUUAAAUGAUAGCAAACAGCGUGAAAUGACCUCUUUAAGAAGCUGUGGUUGCACCCAAUGUGUUUCUGUCGUUCAAAUCCUCUUUUCUUUUCCUCUCUUUUUUUCUCUUCCCUCCUUUGUUCACAGUUUCCGUCUUAUCUUUAGCCUACAAGCAUGUGGGAUCAAAUGAAUAAUGUGGGGCUCAGGUUAGCACAUUCAUAUGUUUAAGGAAUAGUCUGUUGCAGGCAUUGUUUUAGUUACACGUUUCAAUACUUUCUUGACUCUCUGCAUUCAGUGGCCACUUGUGGUUUCACAUGAGACUUGACUGAAUUCUACCACGGGAUUGUUCUUUAUUUGCGAGGUUGCAGAGGAACCUGGGUCAAAAUUCGUCCGCCAAAACACUCCCAUGACGCACUUUGACACUUCAACUGGGACACAGCCUUUUGUGAAAACUUGCUCAAAAUGGUUAAUUCCUCCGAAAUGACUUGUGCCCCAUUGAUACCGAAACUUAAGCAGGACUUCUUUAUAUAGAGAUUCGUUAUAUCGAGGUUCCACUGUAUCCUCCUUUGAGACUGUUCAUGAGAUAAGUUUGAAUGCUCUUCAAAACUGGUGUCCUAUAUUACCACUGUUCAAAUUGGCUAAAGAAGAUAAAGAGAUUUGGUGACCUAUUAAAAUUAGUCUUCGCCCUGGGUUCUUUACCUAAGCAAUAGACCACGCCUUCUAUGGGUUUACUGGCGUGAUAACCCACUUUGGGAUGUUGGGAGAACACUUGAAAAGCUUGUAAAUCACGAGCCUCGGCUCGUGAUUUACAAGCUUUUCGAGUGUUCUCCCGAACAUCCCAAGUGGGUUAUCACGCUUGUAAACCCACAGAAAGUGUGGUCUAUUGCUUUUAUAAAAUAACUUUAAGUAAACUAUGAGUUUACCGGCACAAUAAACCAUAGGUUUUUAACCAAUCAGAACUCGCAUACUAUCUUAGUUAUUUUAUAGAAAGAUAUAAACAAAUGGUAGAGCGAUUUUUGUUUGACUUUGAGAUGAAAACACGCGAACAAAACAGAAACAACAAUCGAAAGGAAAUAGAGCGAUUUGAUUGGUUUAUCGACCGGAUACAAACGCGCGUGGCUUUUGAUUGGUUAAGCGAAAGCUCGGGUGAAAAAAUUUCAUGCCCUGGAACUUUCUAGAAAUCAAUCGAUACUUCACUUUGACGUCAUACUGCAACACGAUUGGCCAAUCGAACAAUGCCUUCUCCAUAUUAGAAUUUUGUUUGGCGGGAAAGCGAAGAGUCCAUGUUUUGAUCUUUUCAUCCAUUGGCUGAUAAAACAAAUAACGGACACUUACCAAAACCAUUUUUCAAGGUCAUGCGAAAAUCGCUCUAUCCUUUGUGUCCCUUUUCUCCCUCCAGGUCUAAUUACAUUGCCGCGUGGCAUGCAGCCAAGGUGAUGGUUCCUGCCAAACAAGGACUUAUAGUCAACGUUUCGUCGCCCGGAGGAUUGAGAUAUCUCUUCAACGUUGCAUAUGGUGUAGGAAAGGCUGCGGUAAGACACACCACAGUGGGACCCGGUCAAUACUAAUACCAGAGGGACAUGCCAUAGUAUCCUUAAAAUCCGGGUGUCCAUAUUAAGCGAGCUCUGAGAAAAAAACGUCACGGGCGCACAUUUUGUCGAUGCAAAGAAUUAAGCAGACAUUUUAACGAGAAAGCGUUGUUUAAUUACUUAACUGUAACUCCAACAAGUUUAUCCUAAAGAAAUCUUUCGAUCGUGUGUCAUUGUCUCAGACUAAAAUAACCUUUUAAGUACUGUUCUUGAAACAUGACAAUGGAAUCCAUGGCGUUACUUUGUAUUGACGCUUUUUGUUUGAGAGACUCAGCCAGGCGCGCUGAAUAUUAGGCAGACCUUUUGAAAAGUUACUGGCCUUUUCUGUUAGGUUUUCAUUGGUAAGAAAUUAAGUUAUAGUCAGUGUGCAGAAGAGAACUGUCCAUAAUCAGGGUUGAUGAUGUAUGAGAGUUUGUACCUCGGGACCGUUGUCCGUAUAAAUCGGUGUGGUUAUUUUUAGAGAAAAUAUGUGAACUUUUUGUCGGGACAAACAAAACUGUCGGUCAUAGUAUACGGGUGUUCGUGGAGCGGGGUUCCACUGUUCUUUUUUGUGUGCCUUUUCUCUUUAGCACCGAGAAAUUGUUUUUGUCGGUUUGCCGUAUAGAGGGGAUGCAAGAACGGUGGGUGUACUGUUGUUUUCCAGUGCUUCAUGACUUUUGCAACAGGUGUGGAAUAGACUACUUCAUGCUCUCGAGUGCGGAAUAGAUAAUCUGAGGAAAAUGGCAGGAAAUUUAGAAGUUUUUAAGGUUAAAGUUAAACAAUACCAUAGUCUUCCUGAAUUAAUGCGUUUAAGACACUAUAUGGCAAAGCUAACAUGGUACAACUUUAGCCUACAGAUAUUUCACCAUUUUGAUUGGUACAAUAAAUAAUUGCGUGAAAAGAUCAUAAUUCAGUUUCCAGUCAUUUAAAUUGAAAUUCAGUUAUAUUAGAACUCAAGGGAACUAUAUUUGUGGUAGUUUUUUUCUCUUUUUUGCUGGGAGUUUGUGUUUGCAGCAAUCAAUUGAGAACCUUUCAAGAAAUUCGCCAGAAUUUCCAAGCGAUAUGUCUUGACUUCUGCCGCUUAAACGCAUGUUGUUCUGAAUUAUGAUUUAAAUAUUAGGACGUAUUUUAGGGUCACCUUGAAUGCAUCAAUAUUAGGUAUUAAAGCGUUGUUAUCUUACAUAGAAUGAUCGAAUGGCUGCGGAUAUGGCUGUGGAGCUGAAGAAACAGAAUGUUGCCUGCGUGUCACUUUGGCCUGGAGCUGUGAUGACUGAACAUGUCAAUGACUUUUUAAGCCAACCACAAGAUGAGAUUGUAAUUUUUUUGUAUUUAUAUUUCUUACCCCUCCCACCGCCCCCCCACUCGCCCCCGCUCCAUGCCUCAGUUGCAUCUGCAGAAUAGUGAAGAGAAGUUUGAUGUCAGAAAAAUUAAAAUUUGUGACAUUAUGGGAUUGGAUGGCAUAUUCAGAACGAACAAGAUGAAGAAGGCCCUUUUGCCAAAAAUCAGCUUUUAAGUGCAAAUUGGCGGGUAGAUAUAAGGACCUUUACGCUCUUUUGACUCCGGACAAAUCCCUCUGAAAGUGACUUGGAUUGAAUCGUUUACGGUCCAGGCCUUGUCUAGAACAAUUUUUUUUUGGAGUCAUUGGUGCAUAACAAUGCUUGGAUUUCCCCGACAAUUUGCACAAAUAGUCUGAUUUUUAGUAAGUGAACAUUUUUCAUCUUGCUCUUUCAGGAUAUGCCAACCUAUCCAAUAGUUUCACAGAUUUAGUUUUUGUGACGUCAUCAACCCUCUUCUGUACUCAAAAGAACUUCUGCAGAAUGCGCGCGCAUAGCCGUCACAUUUGUUCGCUGGAAUUUCUCAAGUUAACCAGCUCUUUGAACUUUUAUUAAACUUAAUUUGUAUUUGCGGCUGCUCCUUUUCAUUCUAAACAUUAUGACGUCAGCAAAGAUUCGCCCGAGUGAUUUGUUUAGAUGUUCAAGUAAUGUUGGCUGGAGUUAACUAAACGAAAAGAAGCGUUUUAUCAGAUCUGAAGCACGAUACAAGCCAAGUGUUUUUAGUUGUGCUAAAACAAAAACUCCGAUUUUAUUUAGACGGCUUUACCAAAUUUUUCUAGAUCUAUUUAUCGACCGCAAUUGUCAACGAAGAAAGGUGUGUAGAAAAUAGCUAUUUACACGAUUUAGGAACAGACACUCAUCAAAUAAAACUUCCGCCUUGCUUGUGUAAAGGCAACUUUUAUAAGUUUCUGUAAAUUUUAAAGUGAAAUUGCCGUCAUUGACUUACAGCGUAUUUUCGGAUGAAAUAACUCGAAAUAUCACCAAGAAAUUCUGCCAAAAUUCUUGAAAAUGAACGUUAAGAUUUGUUAUUGAUUACACGAGCACGAUGAAAUAUUCGGUUCAGGUCUGUUUUCUUUAAAUUAGUCUACUUGUUGUUUUGUUACCUUAAAGUCCAGCAAGGCAGCUGCAAUUCUCAAAGAUGCUGAGGAUCCAACGUUUUCAGGCAAGGCCGUGGCUUGGUUGGCUGCAGGUAUCAUUAUAGUCGAUUUGUUAAACCCUCUAAGCCUCAAUAUCAACAUAGAAAUUCUUCAGACUGAUCACCUUACAUUUCCAUAAGAAGGUUUGUUCCGAGAAUUUGUUAAAAGAUCAAAGCGUUUUCUCUUUAGUGAUCGUUGUGUGAAGUCUUAAAAUCAUAGUCUUUUUUCUUAAUGAUGUAUGGAUAUUUUGUGUGACGAGAAAAUUGAGGUUAGUCUUUCUUUUGGACUGGAGGGGUCAGAGAAAUCAACAAAUAUAUAAAUGAAUAUUUAAGUUAAUAUUGUUGAAUAAUCCCCGAGACGAAGUCGAGGGGAUUAUUCAACAAUAUUAACUGAGCCUGAGGUGAAUAAUUGUUUUAGUAUAUUCACACGAAGUGAUCUCAAUUUUGAAAAUUCAUGCGUGAACACGAAGCCGUAAACAGGGGAUGCGCAAAAGUUAGAUCUUUACAUUAUCUUCAAACAUGGCAAAUGAUAGUUUUAAUCCUUUUGAAUCGAGUUUUGUAAGCUUUAGCAUCAACGGUCUUAAAGAAAACGCCGAAAAUUUAAAUUGCUACCCAAUUCUGAGAAGAAAAGUAUCUAGAGCUUUAUUUGUUUCUGUCAACUCACCGUGAAUGAGAAAGUUUUCUUCGUCGCUUCUUGCAAAUGCUGUCAACAGCGGCUGCGAUCGAGGUGAGCGUUGUUUAUCUCCAAAGUUCUUUGCCUUGUUAACUUGCUGGCACGUACAAUUUUCGAAAAUAUUUGCCUUCCUCUCUUCUCCAUAAAUUAACUUCUAUUUAUAGGCAAAAUUGGUCUUGCGAGAAAAUCCCGAAAUCACAAAACAGUGACAAAGCGACCUCGUUUUCCUCUGUAGUGGUAAACAUAGCUUCGAGCGUACAAAAAGUCAGCUAAAGUAAACCACUUCACAAUAAAUCACGCUGUUUAAACACCAUGAAGUCUUUUCUUGCCUUCAAAGUCAUCAGCACUUGGAUAUUCGUGUAUUUUCAAAAAGGUUUUACUUUGAAACUUUGGCAAAACACCCAGUUCACGACAGCGAUUUUGUUUGGCUUUAUAUUCACCGCCUAGCGCGGUGAAUAUAACGUCAUAGUCCGAGAUAGCUAACCAAUCAGAUUGCUUGAAUUGCCAAGAUCACUGAGUGUGUAUAUACUAAUAAUAAAUAAAUACUUCACGAAUAAAGAUUGAAGCAGAGUGACGAUCAUCGCCACUCUCCUUCUCCGAUGAUCGCCACUCUCCUUCAAUCUUUAUUCGUGGAGUAUUUAUUUAUUAUUAUUAUAUGGCAAAGCCAGUCUUAGGCAAAUCUCUGUGCUCUGAUUAGUUCUUUCUCGGUCAGGAUUUUGCAGUACGGACCGUUUCAAUGGAAACGGUCCAACCCGUGUAUUUUAGUUUUGGAGCGACGCCGGAAAUUCAAAAUUUGCAACCAAAACAGCGAAAAAAGGCUUUGAAUAUUGUCAUUCUUCACAGUGAAACUACCAGAAGAAGCUAAAAAGAUUGAAAUUUUUCCGAAAUUUCAAAGAUGGAUGAAGAAGACGAACAUUCUCCAAUUGAGUUUUAUUAUCCUGAAGAUCUAGAAACUUUUGAUGUAGAAACUGAAGCAGGCAUCACCGAAAGCCAGGAGGCCAUAGACGAUUUUAUCAACCAACAGAAAAGUACAAACACAAACAAGAAGACGGCUACUGAUAUGGACACUCUUCUCCGCUACAUGGAAGCUAAUGGUAUGAAAAAUGAGAAAAUUGAAAGCUUACCUGCGUCCGAGCUUGACUUCCUUUUGUGGAAUUUUUUUUUGAACGCACGCAAGAAAAAUGGAGAAGAGUACGAGCCAGCAACAGUUUCCAGUUUUCAGCGUAGUAUACAGCGAUACUUAAGUGAGAAGAAAUAUCCAUUUAACAUACUCAAGGACAAUGAGUUCGAAAAAUCUAGAAAAGUCCUUGCAGCGAAGCGAAAGUCACUUGUUCACGAGCACGGCAAAGGAAACAAACCGCCAGCUGCUCAGGCUAUCGACGAAGACCAAGAGGAUACCCUUUUUGAAGCAGGAGAAUUCGGCGACUCCAAUCCAGUUUCACUUCAAAGAACUAUGUGGUGGUUUUUAUCCCUACACUCUGUUUCCGAGCAAGAGACGAAAGUCGUAAGUUGCGCUGGGGUGACGUUCAGCUUCAACAGCAGAAUGAUGGCCAAGAAGUCUUGGUUUGGUUGGCCGAGCGAGGCACAAAGACCCGACAUGGUCAGGAGAGAGGACACCAAAGAGCGUUCCAACCAAAGAUUUAUGCCACCAGCACAGCGAGAUGUCCUGUCUGUUUUUACAAAAAAUUCCGCAGUCACCGGCCAGUGGAAAUGAACGCACCAGAAUCACCGUUUUACUUAGCAGUCCGCCAUAAUCGACGAUCAAAUGAAGAAGUUUGGUAUAUGAAGGCACCCCUCGGAAAAAAUGAGAUAGGCAAGUUUCUGUCCACUGCAGCGAAGAAUGCUGGCCUUCACAGAGAGGGAAAAUCAUUCUGUCAGGAAAACCUGUAUUUCGAGGCUCCUUGAUGCUGAUGUUCCAGAGAACUUUGUAGCCCAACUGAGUGGCCACAAAAGCACGGAGAGUUUACAGUCCUACAAAUCUGCCAGUGCUAAACACCAAAAGAGGAUGUCCUUGACCCUCAGCAGAGCUGAUGUUUCUGGAUCCAGAGAUGAAGCGUUAUCAAGUGUCCAUAAUCAAGGGUUUGAAGUAGUAACUCGCUCGACUACAGACAUCGCUGCAAGUUCGACAACAACUACAUUGAUUGAUCAGUCAAGCGAUCCGUUACUGUCUUCCACCGCUCCAAUUUUUACAGGUGCAAACAUAGGAUCCAUCAGUGGGUGCACAUUCCAAAUAUUUCACGGCAAUGUGAAAAUUGUCCAGAAUGAAAGGAACUGUCGGAUUCUUAUCGAUAGCGAUGAGGACGAUUGACUUUGAAGCUAUUUUUUAUCAACUUUGUCCAGUUUUGAAUUAAUUUUCACAGCUUCACUUGACACUGACUUGAUCCAUAUUUUGUAACCAAGAAAAUAUUGUUUGAUCGACGAGAAACCCUUUCUCGAGUUUUAGAAUCAACAACUGCUUUUCUCAGAUUCCGUUACAGUGCGUUUUUGAAGUUUUGUUUAAGCUAAUUUUAGACGAUUUCACAUUCAAUAAAUUUGUUUUUCGAAAUCGUGGUAGCUUGCUUUUGUCUGAGCUGCUCGCGUCAUCACGAAUACUUCACGGCGGAAGCCCUUUAACUACAAGCCACCGGAAGUGCAUUUUACUAUCAGAAACAGAGUGCCAUGUAAUAAACAACUUACUAACCGAGCUUGCUCGGGCCAAUAUUCCCCAGUACAGCCCGAGCAAACUCGGUUAGUAAGCGGUUGAUAUUCAUUUACAUAUUUAUUUGUUUAUUUAUUUAUUUUUUGUCGGAGACUAAACACAGACCUCCACGCUGUCGCUGCCUUAUCUGUCCACGAGUUAUGAAGGCUCUGCAUUGUGUAUUGCAAAAUCAAAUACUCCUGGGAAGUCUCGAAAAGCCAAUACAUCAUAAAAACCUUAAAGCAAAUAUGAUGUAUUUUGUGACUGAUUUCUCUGAGUUUUAAAGAUCAGUCGGAAUGGCAUUUUGAACAACAGCCAGUGGCAAUUUUUCGCUUUUAACACGACACAUUUAAUCUGACCUGUGCUUAAAUACAGCCACUCUAAAUACAGGCUAUAUCUAACAGACGAACCAUUAAAAAACUUAUAGGGAGGAGGGCAAAGUAGGAAAAAUUAUUCUUGCUAGGGAAAAUUACAUGAAAAAAAUCAUGCACGCUAAGAAACACUAAAAAAUAUUAAUGCACCGAUCUAAAAAAUUCAUACAAGGGAAAUGUUAACCAAAAAAAUUCAUGCGGCUCGAAGAUUCCCCACCCCUCCACUUAUAACUUUUCUAAUGGUCCGUCCCUAACAGUUAAAAGUUCCUCAUUGGCUUUACAGUUGUGACGUUAAUCGAAAUUCGAAGCUUUUUGUCAGGGAAUUAUUUAAAACUUGGCUUUUUGAAACUGAAAAACGGCUGCUUAUUCAUGAUUUUUUUUUAAGAUCUAGGAGUAUGGUGCUAUUUAAGUCAGUUUUUAUAGUUUCCAAAAGCCGCAGCCAUGUUGUGAAUUACUCUUUUAAAUUCAUUUUACCAUGCAAUUAUAUAUAUAUAUUUUUCAGCCCAUGGAAGCAAAUCGCUUAUCGAAGGUUACGGGGUUUAGGGGUAGCUUGGAAAUUUUGAGCGCAGUGUAGUAGAAACAGCGGCAAAGCGAGAUUAGACUAGUCACCAGUCUUCUGGUCAGUCUCGCUCAUACCCUAUACUCUACUGCUUAAUGCCAGUCCAGUUUUCUAUUUUCUUUUCAUAUUUAAUCAUUGAUGCCGAUAACCAGUUUUUGAAAUUUCUACAACGUUAGAUGCCGACAUCAUGAAGAAGAGCGGGCGCAUUCUGUUAACAGCUGAGUUGGGGCGUGAAUACGGCUUCAAAGACGUCGGAGGUGAGUUAAUAGGGAGUUUUAGGGCCUGGUGACUUGGAGGUGAGGGACCCCAGGUAGGUGAGGUAACUCGCUUAGGUGGGGGUAACCCGCCUGUUCUUAUAAACUCUCAUAUGAUCACCCCACCUAUCAUGUAAAAGUGAUGAAAUUAAAAUGAGAGAUUAUAUUCUCAGGCAGGUUACCCCACCUAAGUGGGUUACCUCGCGUUCCUGGGGUUCCCUCAACCCCCCCGCCAUGUAAAAAGGCCGUAUGAUGCCACGACGGCAACGGCAACGGCAAAGAGAACGUCGUAAAAGCAAAAGGUUGAAUAGGCUAAACAACAACUCUGCACUUGUUGUUCAACACUUUUUUUGUUCAUUUUUUGCCGUCACAGCACGCCAACAGCGACGUGAGAAUGCCUAGUUUUACGUUUAAUAGAGGACUUGAACAAGCGAUUACGAUUUUUUUUUUCUCUUUCUGAACGUGGAUUUGGUUCUGAGGGAGUCAAUUCCUGGAGAGAUUGCUUCAGCUGUCGCUUGCAUUUCACAAAGCGAGGGAGUUGGAAUGAUCGCGAUCACUGAAAGUACGCGAAUUCACUUUCAAGGGACGUUUUCUCUUUUUCAUUGCACCUUCCUGUUUGUAAACAGCAAAUAUGGCAGCGAAGCCCGUCCAGAUCGAUCGCUCGUGAAAAUUUCUUAGCCCCGCUGCAAUACUCCAGCAUACAUUAAUGAAAAUCCGUUUAUUCUUUUAGGAGUCGAGCCAUUAUCAUUUCGACAAGUCAAGAAACUUGUCUCCUUUGAAUAUCCUUCCGUGUCGUGGAUGAUCCCUGAGUUUGUUUAUGUUCCACGCUGGUUAAUGGCAGCAAGCAGUCAUAAGUUUUGA